CCCGUACGCAGGUGGUGUGCGGAUCAGGGGCGAUGAGCCUCAACAUGGACGACUUGGUUGCGUCCUACUUGGCACAGCGAGGGUAUCAGAAUGGCGGUGGCGCUGUAGCGGCUCCACCGGGACUCCAUGAAUAUGCGCGGCAUGUCGGACUGUCCAUCGACGUAUGUGUGGCCAACCACGUUCUGUUCCAUGGCAACAACAAAAACGAUCCAGAGGCGUACGAGCGUGCGUAUUCCAUGUUGCUUACAUGGAUUGGCAAUUCGCUCGAUAUGUACAAGUUGGAGCUUCACGCAGUCGCGUUCCCGUUGUUCAUCCAUUGCUACCUCGAACUCGUCGCGAAAGGUCACAUCGACGCAGCCAAGGCGUUCUUCACACGCCACGCCCAGGACCACCAACGUCUCCACAAGCUAGAAAUUCGAUCUGUGGGAUCUAUUCUCACGCGAGAGCACUUGGGUUUGAACGAGUACGCCAAGCAAGUGCUGCAUUCGAAGUUUCAUGUGCAGUUGAGUUUGCUUGGUUUCCAGCUGCUCCACACCUUCCUCAGCGACCAUCAGAUGUUCCUCUUGCUGUGCAUCUUGAAUGACCGCGUCACGAUAUCUGUGCAAACCAACCACCCUUCCCUCACGAUUGCCCAGUGCGACACCUCGAUCCCGUCGCAACCACCGACGUCAAGCACUUCUUCGACCUUGCUCUUCGAGACGUCAGACGAAAUCUCGCAAAAAGUCCAGCACACACCAGAAGCCAACCACAUUGCAGCGCAAAUUACGAGCGGCGACUACGACAUGACUUAUAUGGUCCAGACGGCGGGCGGCGAUCUUUCCGAGAUGCCAAGACCGACCUUGGCGUCGUUGCAUCAAGUGCCCGUGCUGUGGGGCGUCUUUCCUCCGCGAAAGCGAGUGGUGGCGGCUUCGACUGAAGGAGAAGGGGACGAUCCAGCUACCGCCCCAACAGACGCGGCAUCUGCGCCUUCGACCGGUGCUGUUGGCGCCACCUCCACGUCUGCAACCGACGCAAAAUCCAAGGAUUCACUCGCGAACUCAUCCAAUGUGUCGGCGGCAAGCGAUGUUGUCGGACCCGUCCCUGAUCGAACGUCGUCGUUCAAUGCAAACCUGUUGGAAAAACUUGUGCUACGGCAGCCGGCGGACGUCCAAGAAGCAGCAUUUCAAGACGUUGACGCCCAGCUGGCCUUGAGCAGUACCCAGCUGCCGUCAGCGCUGUGCUAUACGAUAGCAAACUCAUCUGAGCAUUUGACCAACGUGUGCUUCAGCAACAACGGAGACCUCGUGGGCGGGGCGUUCGAUGACUCGUCGUUCCGUGUGUGGAGCCAAGACGGGGCGCCGUUGGGAGGGUUUGCCCACCACAAGGACAGCACGUCGGCAAUUUUACGAGGCCACGCUGGCCCGGUCUACGGCUGCGGGUUCACACCGGACAACCGGUUUGCCCUGACGAGUUCUGCAGAUGCGACAAUUCGCCUGUGGAGCUUGGCAAGUCGCACAACCAUGGUCGUGUACAGGGCGCAGUACCCUGUGUGGGAUGUAGCUAUGGCGCCCCUCGGGUACUACUUUGUGUCGGCAUCGAUGGACCGUACGGCGCGGCUGUGGAGCACAGACCGAACUCAGCCGUUGCGAGUGUUCGCCGGACAUUUAAGCGACGUGGAGGUGGGGUCUCUCUUAUCGCAAUGGAUCGAAGCUUUGACCCGCGACAUUUGAGCAGUGUGUCGUGUUUCAUCCAAACCACAAUUACAUCGCAACGGGGUCGUCGGACAAGAGUGUGCGGCUGUGGGACGUCCAGUCGGGACACUGUCUCCGGGUCUUUUCAGGACACUACGGCGGUGUGUCGGCGGUGGCGUUUUCGCCAAAUGGGCGAUACUUGGCCAGUGCUGGUGACGACGCGCUGGUGAGCAUUUGGGACCUCCACAUGGGCAAGAAGCUGGAUACCCUCGUGGGCCACCAAGAUGCAGUCCAUUCGCUUGCAUUUUCGGCCGAAAGCUCCUUGGUCGUGAGCGGAGGCGCGGACAACACAGUGCGGCUGUGGGACAUGCACCGCCUUGACACGGCGGUAAACCACAAAACGACCCCGCCCGUAACGGUGCACCAGCACAAGCGCAAGGCAGGGAGCGCCAUCGCCAGUCGCUCCCUCCUCAAAACCUUUACGACAAAACGGACACCCGUCCUGCGCGUGCAAUUCACGCCUCGUAACAUGCUCUUGGUUGGAGGCGCGUAUGUUGGAGGCCCACCUUAACUUAACAGUGAUGCGUGGCGUGAGAUUUGCGACUUUGGGUGGCGAACGCAGUCUUGGGCUCGCAAACAGCACCGCUGCCACAGUCGACCAGGC